GCACUACCCUGGACAUCUGGAAGACGGUGCUCCAGCUGACAGAGACUUCCAAGAGGAUCUUGGAUGAACUGUGCCAUGUUCUCCAGGACCCAGAGCUGUGUGGGGUCUUUAACGUCACCACAGCGGAGUUGGGCCUCCUUCGCCUGACUAUGAUGCCUCCCACUGAAGAAAUCCUGCAAGAGCCAGCAGCACUGCUGCAGAGGUUUCUGAAGACUGAAAGCCUGCCGAUACUCUGGCUGGCGCUCGGAGGCCUUCUCCUGCUGUCGGAGAGACCUGAGACGGCAAGAGGAAUACGGGCCCUGUUGCCAGACGUCACGGAGACGCUGCGCUUUACCAAUGAGCACAUUGUUCUGAAGGUGCUGAGUAUCAUCAGAAACGUGAUGAGUCAUCUGGGGAAGAGAGAGGCCGGUCCCAUUGCUCUGAAGCUGGCUCAGAAGCUCCUGCCUCUUUUUGAUCAUGUGACAAGUGAAGUGCGAGAGUGUUCCAUCCGCCUCUUCAAAGAUGUGAUAGAGGCUGUGGUGUGGCAGGAGAAGGGAACCAUGAAGAAGAGCGUGCGCAGGGGUCUGCUCCCUCUGCUGUUUCGGAUGAGUGACGAGACCCCGAGUGUUGCACAGGCCUCUGGGGAAGCCCUCGUUGCUUCUGCAAGGUUCCUGAAGUGGAAGAAGCUCAAGCACCUGGCCAAGAGGCAGAAAAAAAUGGAGAUCAAGGAGUGUUUGCUGCAGCAGGACAGGAGGAGGGCUGAUGAAUACCUUUGGCAGAGCCUGCCGUACCUGAAGGAUUCUCAGGCCACUGUGCGAUAUGAGGCUGCUGAAUUCGUGGGGCUGGCUGUGAAGCACUCUUCAGACCACAGUGUGGGAAAGCUGAAUAUAAUCUGCACCGCCCUCAAGCCUUUGAAAGACGACACUGAUCCAGGAGUCCGUUCUGUGGCAACCGGGACAUUCCAGAGAUGUCAAAGGCAGCAGGCAGAACCAGCACGGAGCAGGCUCGCAGCACUGUUCUGCUGGCCCUGCGGUGCCAUCCGUCGUUAGCAAGAUGACUCUGAUUAGAACUUGGAGGUUACAAAGGCGUUCCUUGCAUGCGGAUAUUGAUCCACUGGAGGAGCAUGCAGCAUGCAGUUCCACUGAAGAACAUAAGAAGGCUUUAAGCUGGCACACAUCACUCCUAAGGACCACACGGCUUUACUUCAAGGUGUGUCAAGGCCACUAUCCCCUGUGUGUACCAAAUGAGACUAACUUCACGGCAGACACGGAAGAGCAAUGGGUGGGGCUGGCAUGGUCCGGAGGGGAUGCUGGCGGGACUCUGCACCUCGGUGGGUUUCAUCUCUGCUCUGUUUCCUUCUGUUGCAGCCUUCCAGCCCUUGGAAGAUGACACCAGUCCAGCAGUCUGUUCCCUGGUGGCUGCGACAGUCCUGGCGCUGAGAAUUCAAAGGCAACAGUCCACAUCACCAUUGGACUAGCUUGCAGCCCUGUGCUUCUGCCCCUGCAAAGCCAUCCAUCCUUAGGAAGAUGACUCUAAUCAAUAAACUUGGAUUACAAAGCCA